GGAGGGCUCCAAAAUAUAGAGUUUGCAUCGUGAACUCCCACCUCUGUAAAGCCCAGGACUCCAGUCCUCGCACCCCUCUGUCUCCCAGAGAUCCCCAGGGGUCCAGAAAUACCACCUCACUACCUUCCAAGCUUCCCAAGGAUCCGGAGACUUCUUAUCUCGCAGCACAAACCUCAGGCAACUACAGGUCCUCCCUGCACCUCUGAGUUGCCCCUCCCCCCACUCAAGGUUCGAGAAAAAUCCAUGCCCUCCAAAACCCCAGAAUCUGACUUACUUUCCCGAGGCACCCCCAGGACCCCAGGGUCAUCAGUUCACAGGACUCUUAAUGCUCCCAUAAAACUAUAGUCUCCCAGAGGAACCCCAGUCCCCACCCCCCUGCCCACGAAACCCUCCAUUCCUCGAAUCGGCCCCAGGGCCCCAACCCCCGCAAGCCCCCAUUUCACAACACACUCGCGCUGCAGGCGCGUGACUUCCCCCUGCUUUGGGGCGGGGGCUAAGACUCCUGUGUGCUCCGGAUUGGUCAGGCACGGCCUUCGGCCCCGCCUCCUGCCACCGCAGAUUGGUCGAUAGCCCGCUCCGAGCGCCCCGCCUCCGAGGGCCAGCGCACUAUAAAAGAACCGCCCUAGCCACGUCCCCUCGCAGUUCGGCGGUCCCGCGGGUCUGUCUCUUGCUUCAACAGUGUUUGGACGGAACAGAUCCGGGGACUCUCUCUUUCAGCCUCCGACCGCCCUCCGAUUUCCUCUCCACUUGCAACCUCCGGGACCAUCUUCUCGGCCAUCUCCUGCUUCUGGGACCUGCCAGCACCGUUUUUGUGGUUAGCUCCGUCUUGCCGACCAACCAUGAGCUCCCAGAUUCGUCAGAAUUAUUCCACCGACGUGGAGGCAGCCGUCAACAGCCUGGUCAAUAUGUACCUGCAGGCCUCCUACACCUACCUCUCUCUGGGCUUCUAUUUCGACCGCGAUGAUGUGGCUUUGAAAGGCGUGAGCCACUUCUUCCGCGAAUUGGCCGAGGAGAAGCGCGAGGGCUACGAGCGUCUCCUGAAGAUGCAAAACCAGCGUGGCGGCCGCGCUCUUUUUCAGGACGUCAAGGUAACUAGUCCAGCUGAAGAUGAGUGGGGUAAAACCCCGGAUGCCAUGAAAGCCGCCAUGGCCCUGGAGAAAAAACUGAAUCAGGCCCUUUUGGAUCUUCAUGCCCUGGGUUCUGCCCACACGGAUCCCCAUCUCUGUGACUUCCUGGAGACUCACUUCCUAGAUGAGGAAGUGAAGCUCAUCAAAAAGAUGGGUGACCACCUGACCAACCUCAACAGGCUGGCCGGCCCGGAGGCUGGGCUGGGCGAGUAUCUCUUCGAAAGGCUCACUCUCAAGCACGACUAAGAGCCUUCUGAGCCCAGCGACUUCUGAAGGGCCCCUUGCAAAAUAAUAGGGCUUCUGCCUAAGCCUCUCCCUCCAGCCACUAGGCAGCUUUCUUAACGACCCUAACAAGCCUUGGACCAAAUGGAAAUAAAGCUUUUUGAUGCA